GUUGUUAAAAUUUUAGGUUUAAUUUUUCGUCCAGCUUUUUUAGUGCAGCGUGAAUCAUUUACUUGUAUAUGUGUAGUUAUCCCAUCUUGUUAUAAAUUGACACCAUUUUUUCUAUUUAUACCUAUAGCGAACAUCGAGUUGUAUGUUUUCUUUCAUUCACGUCGAUGCAAUCAUCUUCAUCACUGAUGUCGAAUAUCUACCAUCAUAAUUGGCUCUCUGAACCAAUCCAACAUGAAGUUUUCAUCGACUAUAAGAUGUCGUAGAAGAUCGUUUCGUCUGUUCUUCGGCCAACGGAUUACAAAAUGGUUCCUUUGUUAUUCAAGUGAGUGUAUCUUGCCCCCCUGUGGUUUUUAUGAAAUUAGUAUCACUUCAGGAGGUAAAAAGAUCUGGCGACAGGACCUAAAGAACUCUUUCUCAAAUGCAAGGUGCUGGGUCGUAUUUUACGAGAAACCAAUCUUUUUUCUCGGCAACACAAAUGUCCAACAUACUCAAUUCAUCCUGUUCCCCUCCACACAAAACAACUGAUGGAGAGAAGAUCGUGAAGACACUAGCGUACGUCUUCGUUAUCUUUAUUGCAUUUUUUGGCAACUUGUUGGUUAUUGUUGUCGUGUAUAAGAACAAAAAGUUGAGAACUAUUACGAACUUUCAAAUUGUGAACAUGUCUGUCGCUGACAUUCUCAUUACUGUUGCUGCAAUGCCGGCUACCGUGUAUCAGAUAUAUGAAGGAAACCGAUGGCCAUUUGGUGUUGUUGCUUGUAAGAUGUUCGUCUUUCUUCAAGGUAUAUCGGUAUCUUGUUCCAUAUUUACGAUGACUUGCAUCGCCAUUGACCGCUUCUCCGCCAUUAUUUUUCCCUACAAAAAAUACAUCGAUCAACGUUGCUGUAAUAUUAUGAUCGGUUUAUGCUGGCUCUUUGCUGUUCUGUUACAGUCACCUACUUUGUAUGCUAUGAAGAUUAGUGCUCUGGCUAACCAGACCUUCUGCGUGGAGGAGUGGGGUCCACUCUUUGACACAGCGUCGUCUCCUAAGGUAGUGUGAUUGUCUAGUGGGGUGUGCCUUUACUCCAGGCUUUUAUAUAGUUCAGUAGUCCAGACAGACUGACAGCGCCCUUCGGAGAAGCUUGAACGAAGUCACGAAGAAUUCUGGAGAAAUAUCUGUGGAAAUACAUCGAAGAAUAUGUCAGGACUCGUGAAGG